UCAGAAUCUUGGGGUGUUUCUCAGGUCACUGCAAUAUCUAGAAAACAUUGUAUGCCAAGGUCUACCAUGUCGCGUGUAGCAUCUCGUUCACCCAACAAGCAGAAAAAUGUGGCAUUGUGUCCAUGAUGAUCCAUUCCGAAGGCUGUGGUCUCCGUGUGAUAUUCCUUGCAUCAGGCUCAGAACCGCCCUAUGAUUUUGUCUGCCAUCCUACUAGCUUUGAUUGGAGCUGCAAUAAUAAACAACUGAUGAAAUGCUUCGAAACGAUGAUUCGAAUUAGCUUUUCUGAAAAAGAAAGUUUUUAAUACCUUUAUUAAACUGGCAAAAGGCAGAGGAUAAGUGCAGAGAAUUUUCCUUCCUUUCCUUUUUCUCUUGUCCAUCUCCGAUCAGUCCGUUCUUCAGAGAUAGUAUCAUUCUACUAGGUACUCCACUAGAGUAGUACUAGCUAACGAGCAAUUCUUGCUGAGAGAGUUUGGAGAUUGCCAUGGCGCUGUGGGGCGGGCUGGGGCAGACGGCGACGGUGGCGCAGCUGGUCGGAGUGGACGUCGGAGGGCUGGUCUCCAUGAUCAUGCACGCGGCGUUGACAGCUCGGCAGAACAAGAGGGAGUGCGAGCAGCUGGCCCGCCGCGUCUUCAUGAUCGGCGAGCUGCUGCCGCACCUGCAGGACUCGUCGGUGAUGCGGCGGCCGGAGGUCCGGCGCCCGCUGAUGCUGCUCGGAGGCAUGCUCCGGGAGGCGCACGAGCUCGUCGCCUCCUGCCAGGGCAGGAGCACGGUGUACCAGUUGGUGGCAGCCGGGCGGCAAGCUGAAAAGUUCAGAGAUAUCCAGCGUAGAAUCGACUCCUACCUCCUCCUCUUCCCCUUCAUCAGCCACAUCGACAUCACUCGCCGUCUCGAUCGAAUCCACAGAGAGAUGAUUCCAAGUGAUCACCCGAAGCCGACGUCCCUGCCGUCUCCAUCUACAGGCUCCCAGAAUCAUGAAGCGGUGGUCAUUCAAGACGUGGUAAUCCAUGGCGGGGAAGCUGGUGAGAAGAUAAACUUGGCGGGGCUCGCUGCGGCGACGAACAACUUCGCCCCCGACAGAGAGAUCGGUAAAGGCGGCUUCAGCACGGUGUACAUGACUAGGCUUCCCGACGGACGGGAGGUGGCCAUCAAGCGCAUCGACAGCGCGUCUAUGGAGGAGGACACCCUGAGAGAGGCCACCAUGCUACCCUCGCUUCGCCACGAGCACAUCAUUCGCCUCUUUGGCUGGGUCAGCGUGAGAAAGAAGCAGCAUCGGCAGCAACCAUUCUGGAAGAAGAGGAAAGGUCCGUCAAAACGCAUAUCGCCCGCGCCCCUGCACCCCCGACGCAGGCACCGCUUCGGUCAUCGCAGGCGGCGGCGCGGCGAAAAUCGCUGUCGGCUCCGGAUCAGGAUCGCCGGCGGACCUCCUCCUCCGGCCCCCACCUCCGCCGCCACUCCGCCCUCCUAUCUACUCCACCGGCGGCUUGCCGACCCGAAGCCCCCCCAUCCCCCCAGCCCCCGACGCAGGCACCGCAUCAGUCAUCGAAUGCGGCGGCGCGGCCGGCGGCGCUGCCAGCAUCAGGUCUGACGCAAAAGCUCCCGACUCGCAGGCACCGCAUCACCGCAUCUGGUUGUUGUAUUCUCUGAUUUAGCCUUAACCUUGUGCUAUGGUGCUGUGUGUAUGCAUGGUUAAAUUCUUCUCGAUAAGCCUGAAGUAUGUAGUGUUCCUUUUGGAUAUUAUGUAUAAACGACAUAUCUUAUAUUUGGUGCUUGUACCGUAGGUGAGGUCUGUCAUAAUAUGCAGCUAUUGCUUUCACUGAGAGCGCACAUGCUAGUAAACUAGUAUUUUAGAUGCAAAUAUUAGUGCUAUAAGAAAUAUUUUUGCUAGUUUUUCAGUUGUUACUUAAUUAUGAACACAUGUACUUUAGAUCCAGACCACUUUAUGAAUCAGCACAUUUGGUGCAAACCAUUUUUAUUAUCGACUACUUAUCAAUGUCCAUUGGCUACA